AUGGCAACACCUGCCCCCGCGAUCGGCGCGUCGCCGCUGGCGACCAUACCCGAAUCCUCUGCCCCGCAGGCCACCGGGUCCGCCGCCGAGACCCCCGCCGUGCCGGCGACCAAGACGAAGCCCGCGGAGAAGAAACCGGCCGCCUCAGCCGCGCCUGCGGCCACCGCUGCUUCGAACGAGAAAAAGCUGACGCCGAAGGAGCUCAAGGAGAAGAAGAAGGCUGAGAAAGCUGCCAAGCGCGUACAGAACAAAGACGCGGGUUCCAGCGGGGGCGCCGGCCCCGGCGAAAAGGGUGCAAAGGAAGCUGCUGCUGUGGCGGCAAAGGGUGGAAAGAAGCAAUCCGAAGGCCCCGUAUCCACUAUCCGCAUCGGCGGUUCCGCCCCCAAGGCGAAGCUGGCGGCGCUGGCGGCGAAGGAGGCGGAGGCGGCCGCAAAGGAUGCGGAGGCGGUGAGAGAGCAUGGACUUGUCGGAUUACUCAGGGAUCUGGAGGUGGAGCAGAACGGAAAGAAGAAGAAGCUGGCCUUUGGGAUCGACAACGCUCACCCCGAUGUCCACCCUGCUAUCAUCACGCUUGGAAUGCAGAUUAACAAGAAUGUCAUUGUCGGAUCGAGCGCGAGGUGUCUGGGCUUCCUGUUAGCUAUCAAGCGAGUGAUCGAAGACUACGAGACUCCUCCGGACUCCUCCCUCAACCGCCAUCUUCCCGGCGCGUACCUCUCCCACCAGAUCAACUACAUCACCUCUGCACGGCCGAUGGCAACAGCAAUGGGUAACGCGGUGCGUUGGCUCAAGACGGAAAUCUCCAACAUCUCUCCCGACAUCACCGACGAACUCGCCAAGCGUACGCUCGCCGAUAUGAUCGAAGGGUUCAUCCACGAGAGGCUCACGGCGGCGGACGAGAUGAUCAUCAACACGGCGUGCGAACGGUACAUUGAGGACGGCGAUGUAAUCCUCACGUUUGGCAAGUCACGCGUGGUUGAGGAGACACUUAUUGAGGCCCACCGCAGAGGCCUGCGCUUCCGCGUCGUGUCGGUGGAUAAUCGCCCGAUGCAAGAAGGCCAGAACUUGCUCGUGAGCAUGAUCAAGGCCGGCAUUGCUGUCAAUUACAUCGACCUCUACGCUGUCGAAUACAUCAUGCAGGACGUCACCAAGGUCUUUGUUGGCGCGCACGCUGUCAUGGCGAACGGCGCUCUGUACUCGCGUUCUGGUACGGCCGUCAUCGCGGCCGCUGCGAAAGCCCAGGGCAUCCCCCUCAUCACGCUCUGCCAGACGAUCAAGUUUUCUGAGAAAAUCAACAUCGACGGCAUUGUCAACAAUGAGCUCGCGGAUCCGGAUCUAAUCGUAAACACCUCCCGCUCACACUCUUUCCCUAUAUAUGGUCCUCUCUCCAGCUGGAGGGAAGUAGCAAACACGACGGUAGUAAACUUUAGGUACGACGUUACCGCAGCGGACAACAUUUCUAUGGUUGUUUGCGAGCAUGGCUGUGUUACUCCCGAAGGCGUUAGUUAUGUCCUCAGAGUGAGUGGAAUGGAUCGGUAG